AAACCGGAACGUGCGACCGUGAGUAUUUAACCUAAAAAUGACGCUAAAUGUGUUUAACAUUUUAAUUUAAGUCUUUUUUGAUUAAAACUAUAUACUGUUUUAUAAUAUUUUAUAUAAAUUAUUAAAAUUCAUUUAAUUCUUUAGAUUGGAAAGGAAGUCGAUAAUUUAUAAGAAAUGUCAGGUGAGAGAAGAAUUUCUUGUGGCUUAGAACUUUGUGCAGUUCCUGAACUACAGCAAUGUCUCUGUUAUGCUAAAGACUGCAAAUAUGAUUACAUUGUUGUACCAUUGGUUCAUCCACGAUAUAAAAGGGAAUUUAUUUCCGGUCCUGCAAAAGACAGAACUGACCCUUUUACCAGGCCUGAUAUGAUUCUUUGUAAUUCCGAUUGGAGUGCCUUAGUUGUUGGAAAAAUUUCGUCCUACAUCGAUGUAGAUUCUUCAGUUCCUGAUAUUGCAAAAAACAGUGUCACGACAUUAAAUCAAGAAUUUGAAUUAGCUUCACAUUUAUCUCUUAUUGCGAUAACUAUGAAAUUAAAGGGCAAUAUCGAGAAAAACAUUAAUUUAGCUAGAAUCAUUGCCGAUAAACUUGCUUUUCCUAUAAACUUCCAGGUAUGGCUUCAGGUCCCCAUGGAAAAUCCCGUGAAACAAGUAAACUUUUAUAGAGACGAAGAGAAUUUAUCUAAAAUUAAAACCGAGAGUCCAUGGGAAUGGUGGAAUGCUUUUAGAGUAAUUUGUGAUUUCGACAGGAAACUUGGUGUUGCUUUGAUAGUGAGCCACGAUUUGCCGGAAGAAGAAGAGAUAAGCAGAUGGCUAGGCGAACCUAUAAAAUGUUUAAUUUUACCUACAACUUUAUUUAUGAGCAACAAAAAGGGUUAUCCAGUUUUGGGAAAAGCACAUCAAAUGUUUAUCAAGAGGUUCUGUUCAUUAGAAAUGCAAUUUAUUAUCACUGGUGCUAAUCGCUAUCCAAGUAUUAGCUAUUAUUAUCUUUACCUGGAUUAUAUCUGGAAAAAUUGGCAGACUGAUGGUCCUAUCGAACGUUACGCUCGUGGUUACGAGGAUUUUUUGCAAUGCCCUUUGCAACCGUUAAUGGAUAAUUUAGAGUCCGGAACUUACGAAGUUUUUGAAAAAGAUCCAGUUAAAUAUUCUCAGUAUCAACUCGCUAUUUAUAAAGCACUUCUUGCCAAAGCUGCAACUAAUGACGAAAGUAAUAAAAAUGUUCCUGUUAUCAUCAUGGUAGUCGGUGCUGGAAGAGGUCCAUUGGUUCGUGCUGCUUUAAAUGCAUCACAUUCGGCUCGUGUUCCUGUGAAAGUUUAUGCAGUGGAAAAAAAUCCAAAUGCAGUGUUAACGUUGCAGGCACUACAGAAAGAAAUGUGGAUGGAUAAAGUGACAGUAGUGUCGAGUGAUAUGAGACAAUGGGUUGCUCCCGAGAAGGCAGAUAUUUUAGUUUCUGAAUUGUUGGGAUCUUUCGGGGAUAACGAACUUUCGCCCGAGUGUCUCGAUGGAGUUCAAAGGCAUCUUAAACCUUCUGGAAUUAGUAUACCUGAAUCAUACACAUCUUACAUCGCACCUGUUCAGUCUUCAAAACUCUUCAACGAAGUGAAACAAUGUAAAGACAAGGACAAACAUCCUUUAACUCAUUUCGAAACGCCGUACGUCGUUCAUCUUCAAAAUAAAUACGAUAUCGCACCAACGCAAGCGCUCUUCACCUUCAAACAUCCCAACAAUGAUCCUAUUAUAGAUAACUCGAGAUAUGCAAUGAGAAAAUUCAACGUUCAACAAAAUACAAUUUUACAUGGAUUUUCAGGAUAUUUUGAGAGUGUACUGUUUGAAGAUGUAAUGAUAAGUAUAGAACCGGGAACACACAGUCCUGGAAUGAUCAGUUGGUUUCCAAUAUUUUUCCCUAUAAAGGAGCCAAUUCAUUUGAAAGCUGGCGAUGAGAUUUACGUUCAUUUUUGGAGACAAUGCAGUACUAAAAAUGUUUGGUACGAAUGGAAUGUCAGUAAACCAGUAGCCAUUGGAAUUCACAAUCCUAAUGGAAGAUCUUACACAAUUGGAUUGUAAUUUCAUUUACAAUUAGAUAAGCUCUAAACAAAAAAAAAAAAAAGAAAAAUUUGCAAGAACAUUCGCAUUUAAUACAAGUUGCAGUAUUCUUUAUAGUUUAAAUUUUCUACAGAUUUGUGUGAUUAGAAGGAUUUUUAGAAGAGAAAUCCUUUUCAAAUGUGAUUGAAUUUACCACGUGUCGAUACAAA